ACCAUGCUGUCCCAGCAGAAAGCCAGCCUGGCCGAGCCCCGCCGUGCCAGCCCCCCAGCCCACGUGCGAGUGUGCGUCCGCCUGCGCCCCUGCAGCCAGGGGGACCCCUGCAUCCGCGGCCUGGAUUCCCACUCUGUGGAGAUCAUCAAUUGGAGGAACAAGAUGGAGACUAUACAGUACGAGUUCGACACCUUCUAUGGUGAUCGAGCCACCCAGCAUGACAUCUACACCGGCUCCAUGCAGUCUGUCCUGUGCCACCUGCUGGAGGGGCAGAACGCCAGUGCGCUGGCCUAUGGACGCACCGGUGCAGGUAAGACGCACACCAUGCUGGGCAGCACAGAACAGCCAGGUGAUCCACGGGCGCUGCGGGAUGUCCUGCUAAUGACACGGGAGGCGAGCCGCUCACCCGGGGCUGAGGAGUGGGACUUCUCCGUCUCCAUGUCCUACCUGGAGAUCUACCAGGAGAAGGUGCUGGACCUGCUGGAGCCAUCCCAGCAGGACCUGCCGAUCCGGGAGGACCAGGACCAGAACAUCCUGAUCCCGGGGCUGACUGAGCGGGAGCUGAGAAGCUUCAGGGACUUUGAGCGGCACUUCCUGCCGGCCAGCCGCAACCGCACGGGAGCCUCCACUCAGCUCAAGGACGGCUUGAACCGCAGCCACGCCGUGCUGCUGGUGUGGGUGGCAUGGAGCCAGCGGGUGCCCCCCCCCACUGCUCACGUGGCCAAUCUCUGCCUCGUUGACCUGGCUGGCUCCGAGGACAACCGGUACACUGGAAACCGUGGCCUGUGGCUCAAGGAGAGCGGAGCCAUCAAUGCCUCCCUGCACGUGCUCAGCAAGGUCGUGGAGACCCUCAACCAGGGGCUGCCCUACGUGCCUGAAGCAGGUGCUGUGCCGUACCGUGAGAGCAAGCUCACCCGCCUGCUGCAGGACUCCCUGGGGGGCUUGGCUCACAGCGUGAUCAUAGCAAAUGUCACCCCGGAGCUACACUUUUACUUUGACACGCUGAGCACGCUGAACUUUGCUGCCAAGACCAAGCAGGGGGUGAACUGGCCCUUUACCCAGGAGACGCUGCAGGCCCCAGCGGCACCUCCCGAGGAUCCUGGAGCUGGCAGUGAGGGUGCCAGCCCCGGAGCCAAGAGCCCUCCCGAGGAGGAGCCCCCCGAGGCCAAGACCCUCAGAUGA